AUAUUAAAUACACCAAACCCCUGUUUUCUCAUUAACUCACACCUAAAUACUUUCCUCUCUCUCUUCCUCUCUGUCUCUAAGUUUGUACGGACACUCCAUUCUUUCUCAUCAGUUUCAACAAAAAUGAAGCAAAAGAUAGUGAUUCAAGUGUCCAUGAAAAGGGGGCCCAAGUACCGCAGCAAAGCCUUGAAGAUUGCAGCAUCUGUCAAAGGGAGCAUUGAGACAAUUAGCUUGGUAGGAGACCAUAAAGAUAAAGUGGAGGUAGUUGGAGAUUUAGAUCCCAUAGAACUCACUGAAUUGCUAAGGAAGGGUUUCGGUUCCGCACAGUUGGAGUCAGUGAGCGCAGUUGAAGAUAAAGAGAAAAAGAAAGAUAAAGACGAUGGCAUAACAUGGACAUGCUCGUGGGGAGUGCCUCAUCAUUCAUCUUAUUGCUAUUGCUACAACCUUCGCCCCUACCCUUCCCAUUCCAUAUGGUGAUUUAUGCUUCCCACCACCAAAACUAUUGAUAAUAUAUUUAUAAUUAUAACAAAAUUUUAGAAUAUAUCAAGAAUAGAUACUCGUUGAAGUGUCUGUACGUGUAGCAUAUCGAUUUUUCUAGUAAAUUUUAUUAAGUUGAAAAGUAUCUUAUUAAGUUAUCGAGUUUCACUUCUAUUUAAUUUGUAUAUAGAUACUACAAAUUGGAAUAAGAUUUUAAUGCAUCUACCUCAAAUUGCUGUUUAUUAUAUGUGAAAGUGAAAGACAAAGACCUGUACUGGUUGUUAGUCA